AAAGAGUGAGACAUGCAUUUAGAAAUAAAGAGACGCCGCGGACAUGCUCGUGUUUCUGCUGUUCACCACUCUCACAGCCACAGUGCUGGCUGAGUUGGAGCCUCGGUCUGACUACGAGGAGAGCGGCCCUGCAGGGAGAGUUGUGGGAGGUGAUCAGGUGGCUCAUCACUACUCCUGGCCUUGGCAGGUUUCUCUUCAAUACUACUCUGAUGGCUCCUAUCACCAUUUCUGUGGAGGAACGCUGAUCGGUAAAGCAUGGGUGCUGACGGCUGCUCACUGCGUGUUCAGUUCCAGCUCGCUGCGUGUGGUCCUCGGUGACCUCAUCCUGCACAGCACCCAUCACACAGAGCAAUACAGGAGUGUCAACAAUAUUUACAUCCAUCCUGAUUGGAACAAUAACAGCAUCUCCUCUGGUAAUGACAUCGCCCUGUUGCGGCUGUCUUCGGACGCCGUCUUAAACUCGUAUGUGGGGCUGGUCUAUCUGCCUCCUUAUGGUGAGAUCCUGCCCCAUAACUACGCCUGCUACAUCACUGGAUACGGACGCACCUCCACUGGUGGAAGUAUGUCAAACAGAAUGAGGCAGGCUUACCUUCCUGUUGUCUACCAUGAGACUUGCACCAGCUUUGGCUGGUGGGGCAGCACCGUCAAGACCACUAUGAUCUGUGCUGGAGGAGGCGCUCAGUCAGGAUGCAAUGGUGACUUUGGCGGCCCUCUUAGCUGCAAAGUUAACAACAGGUGGUAUGUACAUGGGGUAGCCAGCUUUGUGUCGGCCAUGGGAUGCAAUGCGCCCCAGAAGCCUACUGUCUUCACCCGCGUCUCCGCCUUCACCACAUGGAUAACCUCGGUCAUGAACAAUCCUUGAAAUGGAUCAUUAUUUUGCAACACAAAAUUCCACUUAAUUGAGCUUGUUCUCCAUCUGCAACCAAAUUCCCAGGUCAAAAUAAAAUUUGCGCAACAAUCAA